AUGGACGACGACGAUCAGAUUCAGCUCCAGAAACUCGAGCAGCGGACAAACUGGGACGGCUGGCGGAUUGUCAAAUACCAAGGGUUUUGGUGCCCGCUCCCUUUUUUCCGACCGGUGCUAUCCGCUCAAAAGUACUUCAAAGCAAAAGAUUCCGACAUAAUACUGUCGUCACUUCCUAAAUCUGGAACCACCUGGUUGAAAGCCCUCACUUUUUCCAUUGCUAAUCGCAACAUCGAUACUCAAAGCCCUUUGCUCACUUGCAAUCCUCACGAAGUCGUCCCUUUUCUCGAGUUAAAUCUUUAUCUAAACCAAGAAAACCCCGAUCUCGAACAAACUAGUACUCCGAGGAUCUUGGCGACACACAUUCCUUUCGAUUCCCUCCCCGAUUCCAUCCCUAAUUCCGGAUGCAAGAUCAUCUACAUCUGCAGAAACCCUAUGGACCAGUUCAUCUCGUUCCGCCAUUUCUCGCUCGACAACAAGUUCGGAGAAAAAGAUCGCCGCGCGGGCCCGCUUGAGUUGGACGAGGCUUUCGACAUGUUUUGCGACGGGGCUCAUCACUACGGCCCGUUUUGCGAGCAUAUGAUUGGAUACUGGAAUGCCCACUUGAAGAAUCCUGACAAGGUGUUGUUCCUCAAGUACGAGGAUUUGAAAGACGACAUUGCCCUUCAUGUAAGGAAGAUUGCCGAGUUUAUCGGGUGCCCUUUCUCUCUGGAGGAAGAAGAACGGGGUUUGGUGGAGGAAAUAUCGAGGGUUUGCAGCUUCGAUAACCUCAAGAAUUUGGAGGUGAACAAGAAUGGAUAUUAUUCUGUUAAUGGAAUAGUGAAGAACAGUUCAUACUUUAGGAAAGGAGAAGUUGGGGAUUGGGCGAAUCAUCUUAAUCCCGCCAUGGCUGAAAGAAUGGAGAAGUUGAUCAAGAGUAAGCUUCAGGGCACUGGUUUAACACUGCACAUCAACACCUAA